AUGUUCUCUCUCUCGAGAAAAGCUACCCCCAAAACCCUCAUUCUUUGGUCCCGCCUCCAAUUCACAGUCCCAAUUUCAAGUCUCAAAGUGGUUUGGCGUAAAGACCCAAGGCUCGACCAAGCUAUCCAAAACGACAAGCAAUGGCGACUUUGCGCUCGGGUUGUCAGAGAGGUCCUAAACGAACCGGGUCAAGUCAUCCCGCUUCGGUACCUUGAGAAACGCCGCGAGAGGCUCCGACUACCCAUCAAAAUCGAAACUUUCCUGGCCCGAAAUCCGGGCUUAUUUGAAUACUGCAUGGAUCGGAUCAAGCCGAAAUCAGAUCCGGUUCGUUUCGUCCGUGCUAGUGAUAGGCUUAACCAGUUUUUAGAGGAAGAGCAAAGGAUUUAUAGUGAAAAUGAACCGUUGAUUGUUUCGAAAUUGUGUAAGCUGUUAAUGAUGGCAAAAAAUAGAGUUGUCUGCGCAGAUAAAUUAGUCGAGGUUAAGAGGGAAUUCGGGUUUCCAAAUGAUCUUUUAGUGAAUUUGGUGCCGAAGUACCCGGAAUGUUUUAGGUUAUACGGGACUCCGGGUGAGGGGAAAUCGUAUCUAGAAUUGGUUUCGUGGAAUGAUAAUUUUGGAAAGUCAGUUAUUGAGAAGAGGGCAGAGGAGGAGUCGAGGUUGAUGGGGAUUAGGGUGAGACCUGCGUUUAAUUGGAAGCUCCCACCCGGAUUUUAUAUUAAGAAGGAAAUGAGGGAGUGGAUUAGGGAUUGGAUGGAGCUUCCAUAUAUCUCGCCUUAUGAUGAUGUAUCACAUUUGGAGCAGGCAUCUCCGGAAAUGGAGAAGAGGACGGUUGGGGUUUUCCACGAGUUGCUUUCUCUAUCCCUUUAUAAGAGGAUUCCAGUGCCUGUUUUGGGAAAAUUUUGUGAAGAAUAUAGGUUUUCAAAUGCAUUCUCAAGCGUAUUCACAAGGCAUUCUGGGAUUUUUUAUAUUUCGUUGAAGGGUGGGAUUCAGACUGCAAUGCUGAGGGAAGCAUACAAGGGUGAGGAGUUGAUUGACAUUGAUCCGCUUCUUGUGAUCAAGGAUAAGUUUGUUGAGUUGCUCGAUGAGGGACAUCGGCAGAGGGUGGAGAAUAUCAGGAUUAAAAGGGAACUGGUUAGGAAAGAAAUGGAAUUCAUGGCAGCUACUAGUAAAGAAUACGACUCUGAUGAGCAAAAUGCAGAGUUAUGA